AUGAGCACGAUUAGUCCGAUGCUGAAGGUCGGUCUUCAGUUUCUCGGUGCGUGGCCGGGCAUGCCAUUUGCUACCAUUAACCGGCUGGUUUACAUGUCGAGCAUAGUGAUCAUGCAAUACUUUCAGUAUUUGUACGUAUUCACGUACUGCAAGCCUGGUGAGCUGCAAAAUCUCGUGGACGGCUUGCCGGCGGCUUUUGAUUACACUUUGACAUUAAUGAAACUGAUAAUACUUUGGAAAAAUGACCGAGUGGUUCGCAAAAUAUUGGCCCAUAUGGACACUGACUGGCGCGAAUGUCUGAGCAUCGAGCAGGAUUUGCACGUAAUGACGACGAAAGCUAGCGUCUCGCAUUUUUGCACGAAUGUUAUGAUGAGAUUCUACAUGUUCGCUGGAGUUGUCUAUCUUGCGGGGGAUUUCGCGAUCAGUAUGGUGCAUUUGGCCAAAGGCGACAAUGAUACCUCGCGACCUUUUCCUAUAAAGUUACUGUAUUCCUCCGAGGCCGAGCAAUCCCCGAUCUACGAGCUACUAGUCGUCAUUCUGUUUACACAUGCCAUGUUAAAUACGUAUACGGUUGUUAUUGUGAACGCGCUGAUUUGUACUCUGGUAAUUCAUGCCAGUGGACAGAUCGAUAUUAUACGUCAAGGGUUUGAAAAUAUUUCUGACAAAAUAGCCCAUUAUCGAUCUUCUGAGUAUGCAAUAGGAAUGUUGAUCGAGAGGCACAAUAAAGUCAUCGCAUUUUCCGAAAAUGUGGACAAACUCUUUUCCUUUAUGGCUUUAAUGCAAGUUUUUUGGAAUACUUUAGUCAUCUGCUCCCUAGGUCUCCUCGUCAUGUCAUCUCUUGAUAAUAAUAUUGGCAUGGGCCUAGUGAAAACCGCACUUGCUUGCAGCGCCAUAAUAAUGGAAAAUUUUAUCUUUUGUUUCGCCGGAGAAUAUCUUAGUGUUAAGAGUAGAUCAGUCGCUGAUGCCGCAUAUGAUUCUUUAUGGUACAACAUAUCAUCUAAUGAGUGUAAAAAUAUAUUAUUCGUAAUUAUGAGAUCUCAGAAACAACUAAGUGUCACAGCCGGAGGAAUGGCGAAUUUAUCGUUAGAAGUUUUCACGAGUAUCAUAAAAACGUCGGCGUCAUAUGUGUCCGUCUUGCAUGCAAUGUACUGAUAUGAGUUAAAACUAUUGUACAGCAGUGUUAAUCUUAAAAAAUACUAUUAGUAUGAGCUGAAAAUUUAGAGAAAUUAUCAGUGAUAUAAUAAAUAAGCUUAGGUUAAA